UAAGACCCUGAUGGUGUAAACCUAGUGCUGCAUCCUAGAAGCCCUUACUGUAUACUUUUAGGUCUGGAUUUGGAGACAUUCCUUGCCAGAACAGCCGUGCGAGCUGACGGGAGGGGCGGGACAGAGGGCUACCGAACAAUCGGAAAGUAGCAGCCUGAGGUACUACCAGACUUCCUUGCUUUGGAGGUGUACAUCGGUCAAACUCGACUACAAGCUUUUAGUUGAAUGGGUCAACCCUGCUGUGCAUCCUUUAAAUGUUAUUUUUAGCGCGCCAUCCAUAGCUAAUCCUAUUUUCCAGUUAAAUCUAAUGCUUCAGACUGGCAAGUAAACAAGGACAAACUGAAUGUGUAACUGUUUAGGGGAGACUCAAGGAAAGAUAAAACAGCGGGACAUGAUGACUGAGAAAGAAUCGGCAACAGACAAGAUAAUAGCAGAUGCAAUGGCAACUCCCUCUCCAGCAAAGAGCAUGGGUGACCCUGGCAUCACCCCACUGUCACCCUCCCACAUUCAGCAAAAUGACACGGACUCGAAUGCCCACACGGGACCUUCGUUCAUCGUGGUGGUUGCCAUCGACUUUGGCACCACUUCCAGCGGCUAUGCUUACGCCUUCACUAAGGAGCCAGAAUGCAUUCACACCAUGAGACGCUGGGAGGGCGGCGACCCCGGAGUGUCCAAUCAGAAGACGCCUACCACCAUCCUCCUGACCCCGGACAGGAAGUUCCAUAGUUUUGGCUAUGCAGCACGUGACUUCUACCACGACCUGGACCCUACCGAGUCCAGGCACUGGCUCUACCUGGAGAAGUUCAAAAUGAAACUCCAUACAACAGCGAAUCUCUCCAUCGACACAGAACUCCAUGCAGCCAAUGGGAAGAGAGUUAAAGCUAUUGAUAUUUUUGCAUAUGCUCUGGCGUUCUUCAAGGAGCAAGCACUAAAGGAGUUGAGUGACCAGGCGGGUGCAGAGUUUGACAAUGCAGACAUCAGAUGGGUCAUCACAGUGCCAGCCAUCUGGAAAAUGCCAGCCAAACAGUUCAUGAGGGAGGCAGCCUACAAGGCUGGUCUGGUUCCCCGUGACAACCCAGAGCAGCUGAUAAUUGCCCUUGAGCCUGAGGCAGCCUCCAUCUACUGCCGCAAGCUCCGCCUCCACCAGAUGAUUGACAUUGGCACCAAGACCAACCAGAACGGUUUCAGCCCCACUGAGAAUGUAGGGGCAGGGAUGACACAGGCCAAGGAGCAUGUCCGGAGCAAACGGCAGAGCCGCACCUUUUUGGUGGAAAAUGUCAUAGGGGAGCUUUGGUCGGAGCUGGAAGAAGGUGACCGCUAUGUAGUGGUUGACUGUGGUGGCGGAACGGUUGACCUCACGGUCCACCAGAUACGGCUCCCUGAGGGACAUCUCAAGGAGCUCUAUAAGGCCUCAGGCGGUCCUUAUGGCUCCAUUGGUAUUGACUAUGAGUUUGAGAAGCUCCUGUGUAAGAUCUUCGGGCCCGACUUCAUCGACCAGUUUAAGAUCAAGCGGCCGGCUGCCUGGGUGGAUCUGAUGAUCGCGUUUGAGUCCCGGAAACGGGCAGCGGCCCCGGACAGGACCAACCCCCUGAAUAUCAACCUGCCCUUCUCCUUCAUCGACUACUACAAGAAGUUCAGAGGUCACAGUGUGGAGCACGCCCUGCGCAAGAGCAAUGUGGACUUUGUGAAGUGGUCCUCCCAGGGCAUGCUGAGAAUGAACCCUGAUGCCAUGAACGCCCUCUUCAAGCCCACCAUAGACCACAUCAUUCAGCACCUCACCGAUCUCUUUGAGAAGCCGGAGGUGUCUGACAUCAAGUUCCUGUUCCUAGUGGGCGGCUUUGCUGAGUCGCCCCUGCUGCAGCAGGCGGUGCAGAACAUGCUGCAAGGACGCAGCCGCAUCAUCAUCCCCCACGACGUGGGCCUCACCAUCCUCAAGGGGGCCGUUCUCUUCGGCCUGGACCCCAGCGUCAUCAAGGUGCGCCGCUCGCCCCUCACCUACGGCGUGGGCGUCCUCAACCGCUACGUGGAGGGCAAGCACCCGCCCGACAAGAUGCUGGUGAAGGACGGCACGCGCUGGUGCACCGAUGUCUUCGACACCUUCAUCACUUGCGAUCAGUCCGUGGCCCUGGGCGAGACGGUGAAACGCAGCUACACGCCCGCCAAGCCCAGCCAGCAGGUCAUCGUCAUCCACAUCUACUGCUCGGAGAAGGAACGCGUGGGCUUCAUCAGCGAGCCGGGUGUGAGGAAGUGCGGCACCCUGCGGCUGGAUGUGACCGGUACGGAGAGCACCGUCGUGCGCCGUGAGAUCCAGACGCUCAUGCAGUUUGGGGACACGGAGAUCCGAGCCAUGGCGGUGGACGUAGCCACUUCGCGUACCGUCAAGGCUAGCAUCGACUUCCUCAGUCAGUAAAUAGGGUGAUAUGGAGAAAUAAGGUCAAAGGGUCAUAGGAAGUGAAACCUCCAGCAGCACACACACAAUGAGCCAGGGAACAGUGGCAAGAAUGUAGCAGUAUAUUGAUCUUUGGGCCUUUUCAGAUUAGCAUGAGUGCUAGUUUGUUUCUGCUUUAGCUGACUCCUUGGUCAGAAACAAACUAGCAUUCAGGUUUUAUCCCUGUGUACCAUCUGUGUGUGUAUCUAGUCUUAAGUGCAGGCUAUAUUGAUGUGCUCUGCUCUAGAGAUGUUUAGAUUGGAGUAUGUACAGAGAUACAACACAGAUUUGUACUGUAGUCAUAUAUUGCUAUUGAUACGUACAGCCUUGUUUCAGGUCCAUUGUGUGUUAUCUGUGGUUGUGUGCUGUAGCUGUGUUAGGUCAUGGUAGGUGGGUACUGUAGUAACUCCUAUCUUGCAGCUCUUACAGCUACAACACUAUGCUAUGACACAAUGCUCCACAAACCUAUGUCCUCUCCAACCCUCGCUCAUGGGACCAAAUUUUCACAACUGCUAUGACCAUUAGGCAUUUAAAACCAAACUCCUGGGGUUUCCUUGAACAACAGUUAGAAACUAUCAUUCAGAUGCUUAUCCUACUCAUCAGACCAGAGUUUUAUUGAGUCGGGGUUGGAGAGCACCUGAGAUGAGGGAAGGCAGUGGUUCUCCAACAAGAACACUCCACUUGAUCAGUUAAACUUCACUGGAUAGCUUUCAAAUCUGUAUUUAUCUCCACCAUCUCCUGUGGUUAGGCAUGAGAUACCAUAGAAAGGAGUUAUAUUACCUUAUGAAAACAAACUUGGUGCAUUAGCUUUUAAAAUACAUUUGAAGUCAUGGAAACUCAGUUCAUUUUUGGUCAAAUGUAAGCAGACGGUCUCCUAUCCUGUCAACAAUAUCUGUUUAAGGCAAAGGUUGGCUUCUAAAUGUGGCUUAUUCAGCACUGCAAACAAAUCUAUGUGUUAGAAAUAUAGAGAGACUAACAACUAGCUGUUUAGACGUCAGGCUUGAUUGUCGAGACGUUCUAUCAUUUCUUACAAACAACGUAAAAAUCCACCUCACUGUUUAACAUGUUGCGCUGAUCCACAACAAAAUAUAAAUCCGAGAAUGUGAAAAGUGGCAGAGUUGACAAUGCUGCUAGCUGAACCGGCAAACUGAUUUGAAUAUAGCCAUUGCAAUGUGCUUUGUGGUUGCCUUCAUUUGUUAUGCUUAUGAGACGACCGAGGACAAAAAAACACUGAAUUUCCUUUUUGAAUAUCUGAAAUUCAGGAGAUUGUGUAGGCCGUUGAAAAGGAAAGAUGAAAUUGAAAAUAUGUUUAUUUCUGUAAAUACAGUAUUUAAAUAUUGUACAGAUUUUUAGCGUUAUUAUUUUAGCAGCUUUAGAACAGAGAGUAUGUAUGCUUUCACACAGACACCUUUUCCCACUAUUCUCACCAGCCAUAGCAUGCGAGUCGAGGCAAAAUUUUAAUGCCGCAUUCAUUGACAAUGAGUGAAAGUGAGCAUCGAAAGAGACCUUGAUUACCUUUGUCCUUAAAACAUGAGUGGUUAUUGUUAUGGAACAUGGAGUUUCUCUGGGUUGGGCAAAUAUUUGUGUUGGCUUUGUAACUGUCAAUUUGUGUUUAGUUAAAAUGUUUACAAUAAAAUGACAAUUGGCUUUUGAAAA